CUCUGUACGCGUUCGGUGCUUCUUCACUGUACCUGACAGUCUGUACUACUGCCCCUUCCCUGUUCCCGACGGGAGGGAAAUGAGUGUCCCUGGGCCGCCUUCCCUGGACGGGGUCCUGGCAGGGCCACCCGACGGCCUGGAGGCCGGGGGCCUGACGCCGGGUUUAAGUGACACUUCUCCAGAUGAAGGGUUAAUAGAGGACUUGACCAUAGAAGACAAAGCUGUGGAGCAACUGGCAGAAGGCUUGCUUUCUCACUACUUGCCAGAUCUGCAGAGAUCAAAACAAGCUCUCCAGGAACUCACACAGAACCAAGUUGUAUUAUUAGACACACUGGAACAAGAGAUUUCAAAAUUUAAAGAAUGUCAUUCUAUGUUGGAUAUUAAUGCUUUGUUCACUGAAGCUAAACACUAUCAUGCCAAGUUGGUGAAUAUAAGAAAGGAGAUGCUGAUGCUUCAUGAAAAGACAUCAAAGUUAAAAAAAAGAGCACUUAAACUGCAGCAGAAGAGGCAAAAAGAAGAGUUGGAAAGGGAGCAGCAACGAGAGAAGGAAUUUGAAAGAGAAAAGCAGUUAACUGCCAAACCAGCUAAAAGGAUGUGAGAAGUUGGAUGUUUGUGUUCUUCCUUCCCCUGUUCAUGUUCUGGAUUUAAGAUGACCCAGUGUAGACUGAAGUUAAGGUAGUGCCUUAUACCAUUGUGUUAUGUUUUGAAAUCCUUUUCCCAUGAGUGCUGUCUCUCUGUCUUCAUUUCAGCCAUUCAAGAAGCUUUUUUUCCUAAGUAGAAGACAUAAUAUCACUUGGUUUGGAUAUUUUAUAUGUAAUUUUUCAACUUUGUUUUGCUUUUUAAAAAUUCAUUAUUUUGGCCUUAAGUCAUUUAUAAACUGGAAAAUGGUUUGUUUUAAUAGUCUAGACUAUAAGUGGUUAAAAAUUAGUAUGAAUUGUUUAGCUUCUUAAUAAGUGUGGAUUUAAAAGUUUCAGUUUCUUAUUUUAUGAAAUGAAUUGCCUUUCUGGCAAUACAGCACUGGGUUUUGGCAGUUGCCUUUUCAUUGUUUGGUUAAGAAGAAUUGCCAGCUGUUUAAUCUCAUAUGCCACUGGAAAAGAGGUGGUAUAAGCCUUUGUGAAGAACAUGAUAGAAAAGUGUGUACACAGGAAAUAGUAGCAUCUUAGACAUAGGAUAGGUGAGCAAGAUGCCAUGUAGAUUCCACUAACCAUAUACUAUAUCUGCUUCCUAGCCUUGUUGUUGCUGUUUUUUCCUUAUGCUGCUUCUGGGUUCAAAGUAGAUUAUAUCUAUUCCUAAAGUUUGGCGGGGGUGAUGUAGCUUUCACACACUCAAAUGUGUUUAAAUAUUUAUAAUUCUUAGUAACAGUCAUCACACACUGUGAGAUACAGUUGUCAAGCUGAUAAGAUAAUGAACCCAGCUUUCCAAGUGGAAAGUCUUACUGCUAGUUCUAGCUAUCCUCUCAUUUGCUGUGUGGUCUUAACAUGUGGUUACUUUUUCUGUGCUUUUAAAAAAAAUUCUUAAGGUAGAAUGAUACAUACCAACUACCCAUUUUAUAGAUAAUGAAAAGAAUGGUGGAAAAUUAGUAAAUAGCUUCUUCACAAAAGAGGCAGCAUGAUACCUUUAGUGUUUUCUAGAUCCCCCUCCCCCAAUAUCACAUGUAGAAAUUUAUUAUGUGAGGGAAAUAUUAUGACGUUUCAUUGUUUUAAAUUGAGAGUGUAUUAUUCACUGUUUUAGCACUAUUUAAUAUCCAUGAUGUCCAAUCUCUAUUACAUAGAGACUGUACAGAUUAGAUUACAGAUUAUGAUUAGAAUGUGUAUCUUUUAUAAUCUGUGUUACAUUUGGUAAGCUGGAAUCUCUCACUACCUCUGAUCACAUAUCAGGCUAACCAAUGAUGGAGAAGGCAUUAGAUUUACGUCGAGUGCUAAGAACUGGUCUGUUUAAAGGUUUAAAAAAUUUGUUUGAAAACCUUUCCCUUCUUUAGUGAGUGAAUUAUUAUCUCACAGUUCUCUUGGUUUUGACCUUAUGUUUAAGAGUAUAAAUAUAUUUUAUUUUUAAAGGCUAUGUGUUGCCCUCAAACACUGGCUAGAACUCCUAGGGCAGGAUCAUUAGCACUGGCAGGACAGUGUCAACCUAAACUGCUGAAUGUACUCAUUGAUAACCUGACAAAGGCUGUGCAUUGUUUCUUAGAGUGAUUUGUGGUGGCCAACUGCAAUGAUUGUUUAAAAUGCUGGUUCCUGGACACCACUCUCAAUCUAUUGAAGCAAAUCUGUUUGUUUUUCUCUUUUUUUCCUUUUUACAAAGUUUCCUCAAGUGAUUCUGAUGUACCUUAUAAGUUGAGAACCGCUGGUCUAGUGAUCUAGGUCAGAGGUUUCCACACUGGGCUGCAUAUUAGCACCUGAAAACU